UAGAGACAUGGAAUGCCCCUCUAUGAAGCCCCCGCGGAUAACUCUAGGAUUCACUCGUUUCAAUCAGGCAGCCAGAGCGCUAAAAGGAGUUUUGUAACUGAAGUUGGAACAAAGUGCAGGACUUGCCAACUCAACAAAUACGAUCUUUCCUUGUUAAUGUCUCUGUUAGGGUUUUAGCAGUGUGAAGAAGAAGAUGCGUUACGAACGAAUCAGUUAUAGUUCAAUGCACAGUAAUAGAACGGUAGGCUUUCCGAUGAAAAUGUGAGGAAAAUAUCACAGAUGCGUGACGUUUUGUCGUUGGUAGUCUAUCAGUCAUGUGGAUCGCCUCUGGUGUGAACGUUACACGCGCAAAAGAAUCAUAGUAGUGACAAGCGGAUUCGGCACAAUGACCUCUAUAAUAAUGGCUCGAAAAGUAACAUGUGCAUAUAUUCUGCUCUUUUGUAUAAAUGGCUCGCUGGCCAACUGGAAUGACUGGUGGACGUAUGAGGGAAUAUCAGGUCCAGAUUUUUGGGGUCGUCUGAACCCAGGACUAUGGGGGCUCUGCAGUACGGGUCGCCGCCAAUCUCCGAUUAAUAUUGAACCACAAAGGCUCUUGUUCGACCCUCAAUUGCAGGGCCUACAAGUAGGCAAGGCACGAGUUCGGGGCGUCCUGCGUAACACCGGACAGGGAGUUGUAUUUCGUGUCGAGACACCGGGUACGUUAGCUACUGAUAGUCUCGGCCUUCAGUCAGACACUUCAGGCCACAUGGCUGAACAUGGAAUUGGCAGCGCUCCAAGGAUUGAGCUUCCAUCGGUAAAUAUCAGUGGAGGCCCGCUUUCAUAUUCAUAUCGCGUCUACGAGAUUCAACUCCAUUUCGGCCGGACUGACCAUCAAGGAUCGGAACACCUUCUCGCUGGAUUUGCGUUUCCGGCAGAGGUACAGAUCUAUGCAUAUAAUAGUGUAUUAUAUGCGAACUCGAGCGAAGCUCGAAAUCGAGCUUACGGUAUAGCUGCAGUAUCGAUCUUUGUCAAGGUGACUAGAAAGGAUGCUCAGACCCGUGGCAAUGGGCAGGAUGGCUUUCUAAAAGAAUCCAAGAUGACUAAACCGAACCUAGAUUUGAAAAUGUUGACGGAUCAACUACAGUACAUUACGUAUAAGGGAGACAGCGUUCCCUUGAAGGCUUUAUCAAUCUACGAGCUACUUCCAGCUACCGCUGCGCUGAUCACAUAUGAAGGAUCGCUGACGACUCCUGGCUGUGAGGAAACGGCCACGUGGAUCGUACUUAACAGGCCUCUGUACAUGUCACCCUCGCAGCUGGCCGCGCUGCGGAAACUGAAACAGGGAGAGCCCGCAUCUCCAAUAGCUCCCCUCGGGAACAACUUUCGUUUUCCACAGCCUCUUCAUCAGAGAGCUAUCAGGACAAACAUCGACCUAGUGCAUCCGGAUCGAGGAAGAGAAACGGCCACGCCGACCGCCGCAUCAACAAACAGUGGGGAAGAAGGUGAAAGUGAGGAUGCGUUUUCGAACGCAAUGUCGUCACACUGCCCCAAAAAGUUCUAUCAAGGUACUAACAAAGAUAGACACCUGUGGCUAAAUAGGACGAUUCUAGAAAUAGAGAACUGCAACAGUAAACCAUGGGUAGCAUCUCAAUAAUAACGUGUAACGCUGUCAAAACACUUCCGGUCAGCGAAAUCGUUGGCUGACAGUUCUGUCGAAUCUUUUCAAAGGCAUUCUGGCAAAGGAUCUAAAAAAAACCAACAGAUCAUUACAACUAACGCUAUGCUAUUUUAUGCAAUUUCAGUGUCUCCAGAACAUUUGGCGGUCAAUGCGAACUUUCUUGACUCCCGAUAGAUAAAUCCAUACUAAAUAUUUUGUAUAAAUAUUUUUUUGUACACUAUCCAGUUUGAAUUCAGUCUGGUUUCGCGUUUGAACAUUGAAGUUCAGCUUGGAACUCUGCGGUGGUAAGUAGCAUAUGGAUCGGAAGAUUAGUCAAGCAUUAUCUAAUCAUUAAUGAACGUAGUGGUUCUUGCGGAUUCUGAAGAGAUUUUGAGCUACUAAGCUAUAUGUAUGCCACCAGUAGGAUAGUUUAAUCGGGGACUUUAACGUUCACUAAUUGAGUCAGUGUAUAUACACGUCAACAAUACGGAAGUGUUAUACUUCAGUAGCGCGUACACACCCGCACCUGUAUACAGUCGUUCUCUUAAAACUAUUGACUUUAGUAAGCACGAAUGUUCAACGAUUAGCUAGAAUGAUUGAAUUGCUCAUUGCUAGGAACAACAUGUUCGGCAUCCCGCGUGAGGUGCAAUGUAACUCUUUCUGUACAAAAUGGCUUCCACAGUUCUUGAGGGAAAGUUCAAACGGAUUAGACAUCCUAAAGCUUUAAUGUACGUUCAGCAAAAAUAGCAUAUCCGAAUUUCGUUAGGAUAGUUUAUCAAAAAACUGAAGUUCUCUAUGAAUUUUGCUUCUUCUAAACGAGC